AGCAUUUCUUAGCGAUCAGUUUGUUCAUAACGUCGCUCGAGUGCACAAUUAAACAUGAAAGAUAAAAUUGUAUUGAUAUUUUUAGUUUUACUGAAAUGUAUUUCUGUUUUUGGCACUAGCAGACCAAUUAUUGGUGUACUGGCACAAGAAUUCGGAGAAUACAAAGCUGGAAGUUUUAUCACAGAUAAAGGAAGCACAUAUAUAGCAGCAUCGUACAUCAAAGCGGUAGAAGCCUCAGGAGCUAGAGUAGUUCCAAUAUUUGUCAAUCGUUCUCCACAAUACUACGAGCGGAUACUCAACUCACUAAAUGGCGUUCUGGUACCCGGAGGAGCCGCAAAAAUAGAACCAGGGUAUCCUUUCUACGAUGCCUUUACGACCAUAGUCAGAUUAUCAGAGAAGAUGAACCAAAGAGGAAUAUAUUUCCCAAUAAUGACAGUAUGUUUGGGAUUUGAAGCAAUGGUGACGUUAUACAAUGGCCAUAAAGAUUUACAAACACGUUGCAACGUAAUUCGUGAAAAUUAUCCGCUCAAAUUUGAACCUAAAUUCACCGAAAGUUUAUUAUUCUCUCGAAUUGAUCACCAAACAUAUAUCAAUUUGAAAUAUUUUCCUACGACAGUAAAUAUGCAUUACUGGUGCACAACUCAACGUAACUUUACACGGUCGCAUUUAGAUAAAACUUGGAAAAUUACAUCAACCAGUGUCAAUUCGAGAGGAUUGAAGUUCAUAGCCACCAUUGAACACAGAACGUAUCCCUUCACUGCAAUUCAAUUUCACCCAGAAAGAGCCAUAUUUGAAUGGGAUGAUACGUUGAACAUAGUCCACCACUCAACUGCUGUGCAAGCAAAUAGGUAUUUCUACGAUGCACUAGUGGAGCUAUCUAAAUUGAAUAGUAAUAAAUUCAGGACUGAAAAGGAGGAAAGAGAUGCUCUCAUUUAUAACUACAAACCAGAGUAUCCGGACUCUAAACCAUCGGUUUUCACUCAAAUUUACGUCUUUGACUGAUUUAUUCCUAAUAAAAUGUACCUGCAUGUAUAUUAUUGCAUACUACCUAAACCUACUUGACAAGUGUGUAAAUCUAGAUAAUUAUUUUCAAUCUACCUACGUGUUGUCGUGUAUUAAUAAAGCAUUACAAAUCGAAAAAAAAAACAAUGAAU